AUGAAAAAAAUAUUAGUACUAUUAACAAUAGUUUACUUAGCCACAGCUUUUAUAAAGAUCCCUCUUCGAAGAACUGAAGAAACAGAUCUUCCAUAUAAUUAAACAUCAAAUCAGUCUUAAUUACAAAUGAAAAACUUUCUUUCCCUAAAGUCAAAGUAAAUAAAUUGGACUGAUGAAAGAAUAGACUUUUAUGUUCACUCACAAUACUAUGGUGACAUUUAAGUAGGAACUCCUCCUUAAAACUUAGGUAUCAUUUUUGAUACUGGCUCUCCUGAAUUUGUGAUUCUUUCUUCUACAUGUAGUCCUGCUACCUAUACUUGUGGAGUUCAUAAAAAAUAUAAUCAUACAUCUUCAUCUACAUACACAGCUGAUGGAGAAACAUUUGUUGAGCAAUAUGAUGCUGGUUCAAUAGCAGGUUUCAGAUCUAAUGACACUGUGAGUGUUGGAAAUUAUACUUUGAAAUAGUUCUAAAUUGAUGAAGUUUAAAAUGUAACAGGAUUUAUUUUUAAAUACUUUAAAACUAGUGGUAUUUUUGGUCUUUCCUACUAGAUAGGUAACAGCACUGUUCCUUUUUUCCAGCAAUAUCUUUAGGAAAAUCCUGGUAGUAAUAUUUCAUAUGGUUUUUAUUACACUGAAAAGUAUGGAGGAGAGGGAUCUGCCCUUUUUAUUGGCGGUUUUGAUCCAUACUAUGCUGUUUCUCCUUUCUAUUAUUAUCCUUUGGUAUAGGAUGAUUUUUGGACUAUUGGAAUCAAUUGUGUUAAAUUCUAAAACCAGACUUUUAAUAUCAGCUAUGCUAUUGUAGAUUCAGGAACUCCUCUCUUAACAGGACCUAGCAUGCUUAUGAAUGCAAUUUUCUAAAGUCUUCCUAACAAAGGUGAAAGAAUAGUUGAUUGUAGCACAAUUAAAUAAUACCCUGCGAUACAUUUCGAAAUAGGUAACUAAACUUAUACAUUAAACGGAGAAGACUAUAUAUUAUAGAUAAAAAGUUAAGGAUAAUAUGGAUGUCUCUUAGGUUUAAAAAUAAUAGAUAUUGGUGAGCCAACACCUAACGCUUUAAUUUUUGGUGACGUUUUCAUGAGAAAGUAUUUUACUAACUUUGAUUUAAAUGGCAAAUAGGUAGGAUUUGCUUUAGCUAGAAAAGAUCAAGAAAGAGUUGUUGAGUAUUGA